AUGAUGAUGAGUAGACGAGUGUGUUUCAGCCCCGAAGCAAGCAUCUACAGCAAGCAGGGCGGCGGCGCAGGCAAGGUUGGUGAAGAAAAGAAGAGAGUGGUGAUGAAAUUAUGGAUGUUCAAACUCCCAAAAGCGUCGAGAAUUUCGGUGGGGGGUUUCUUCAAAAACAUCGGAGAGAAGGUGGCGAGAGCUCUGCCGCCUCUGGCGGCGGCGGGUCGCCGGAGAUGCUCGUGCAAAGUGUCGUCGUCGGCGAGUUUGGGGAGAUCACGAUCAUAUGCAGAAACACUUGAUUCUCAGAGGGCCCAAGCCAUCGAAGACUGCAUCGAGUUCUUGAACUCUUCUUCUUCUUUGCAAAGAUCCAAUUCAGUUUCCAGCUCUUGCUAG